AUGAAACUUAGCCCAUAGCUAUUUAUUAUCGCUCGAAAAGUAACAUCGCCUGUUAUUCAACAUCAUCAUGGAAGACACCUGAAUUGACGUAUUCACUGAUUAUUCCUGUGCGUUGGUUUGGGAGCCUCUGGCGUCCACACAUUUGUUCCCUCCCUUUGACCAGCUGUCCGUAGAAUAUCGCAAUGUCCAUCAAACCACUCAACGGGUGGCGGCAAACACAACCAUCUAACUCUUGCACUGGGGGCUAUUAGGAAUGUGAUUCACAUUGUUAAAGAAUCCCCGUUUGGUCUUCUUCCCGUUUUAUCAAAGCCGACAUCGCCGCACCAACCUAACACCUUGGGGCUUGGGGCUUGUCCUAAGCAUCAUGGUGUCCGACGAGAAUGUCGAUAUGGUCAAGGAGAUCACCAACCUUUCACGAGUUGAUGCUAGGCGACUUAUUGAGAUCUACAAUGGUGACCUGGAUGCAGCCGUCGUCCAGUUCCUGACGAACGGCCAAGAAGCGCUCGUUAAAAAAGACACCGCAUGGGACGAAAGUGCGUUUGCACAAGACCGAGAUGGCGGCACGGAGACCAACGUACCUUCCUUUCAAAUCGAUUCAUCAAUGCCGGAUUUGAUCCAAGUCGAUCCGAAUUUGUCCGCCAUGUCGCGGCCGCCAUCAAGAGUAAGCUUCAGAGAUGGAGCGACUGAGAUCUUCCCAGGGCCGGAGGAUUUUAUGGGUGAGCAAGAGAGCGGCGUUAUUGGAGGAGGGCAACUCCGCCCCGCGACGCAAGCCAAUUAUGACAGCUCCAAAUGGGCCUUAACGCUACAUGGAGAAAUCGACGAUCCCGAUCCGCCUGACCGUAGAAAGACGGACGACGAGCCGACUUUUAUGAAGCCGAGACACGAUGAUGAUCUCCUCCCGAACUUCGUCGCCAUCGUGACGCACAUUCCUCUGGUGCGAAACAUCGUCUUCUCCGGACGUACGGGCGUUGACUACAGGGUCUGGGCAAAUUGGUGGAACGGAAGUAUCAGAGAGGAGGAAUCCCUCGAAAGCCUCAUCGAUCUCAACGAUGAAGAAUACGAUGACUGGGAGCUUAUGGCCGAAAUUCAGCGAUUGUUCGCUUUCGCCGAACUGACCAUUCGAUCUUACGGUAGUGUCGAGAAUCUAACCAGGAUGAGAUCUUUCCAGAAUCUUCCUCCGGAUUCGGAUGGCCCGAUACUUCCCUCCUUUAAGCAGUUCAUGCAUAGUUUCGAGAUUUCGUUCAGUCGGUUUCAGGCCGAUCUGAAUCUUUCGCGGCUAUUCCGAGCCGCGGUCGUCAAAGAAGAGGAUGGCGAGACCGCACCGUUUUACACGCUGGACAUCGAUUUGGACGACCUGGAUGAAGUGCUGGAAGACCUCUAUGAUACGUUAGAUAUGGUCUUCUGGGCCAGCCCGGAUUCUAACUUCGAGGUGGCCUCCCUGAGCGAGGCGCCCAAAGUCCUCACCGUGCAGCUCACACGGAGCAGCACGAAGACCGACGGCCUGGGUAUCAGCAUCGCCGAAUAUCUCUACAUGGGCAGAUAUAUGACGGCAAACCAGGAAAUGGCCCGAGCCGUCCGCGACGCCAUCUCCACUGCUCGAGCGGAAGUUAAGAAGCACGAGAAAGAGCUCAAAAAGCUCUUGGAGUUCACGAAGAAAGACGGGACUGUCGUUCCUGAUAUGCUCCGAGUCUUCGACGACGUCUUGCGCUGCGCCCCCAAUCGUUCGAAUGUCUCCGAAGUGGUGCCUCGCGUCAACGGGUUGAAAGACCAAUCCAUGUUCGACGAACUGGACAAGGCAUAUCAAAAACUCAAGGCGAAUGUCGAAGCUGUGGAAUUGAAGAAGAAGGGAGUAAUUGCCACAGUGGAUGACCAUCAAAACUGGUUAAAGGCCGAAGAGAAUAAAUCCCUACCGGCCAAAAAUCGCGGAUACCAGCUCCGAGGGGUCAUCAUGAACAAAAACACGACCUACCUCGCCCAGGGGUUUCGGUCGAAAGAAGAGGCAGCGCAAGAAGACGACUGGGACCCGAAGCCAACUGGACCGGAGUGGUGGAAGUUUUAUUUUGGAACCGCGGGGACAACCUCUUGCGACCGGGUUGAUGUAUCCGAUGUACUGAGGGCCGCUGAGAACGACAGCAAGAAUGUCGUACUCGUCUAUGCUAGCGAUGAUGCGGUCGAUGUACCGAAGCUGACACCCAUCCCCGAGGCAUUGAAGGCGUUCGUCGCCUUAGACAACAAAACUUUCGAAAGGGAAGUCCAGACGCAUGUAGACAAGAAUCGGGAAGCAGUGCGGAAAGAUCGAGAUACGGAAUGGAGGGAUUUCAGGAUGAUUCCACCGUCGAAAUCCGACGACGACAUGUGGACGAACUUUAUCAAAUGAGGUGACAAGGUCCCCCACUAACGCGAUUUCCGUGAGGGUGUGUUCGAGAGGGUAUUUAAGCUACCGUAGCCAACUAAUAAUUCGAUGAAAUAUCAAAUCCAUCCAC